UUUAAUGUCUUUGAAUCAAUUUUUCGCUCUUCACCCUUUUUAGUCUAUUCGCACUUUUAGGAAAACUGUGGUUUUGAAACCAUACUUCAGGUACUGCAAACAGUAUCGUCAUAAUCGUUUUAUUCCCAUUUAUCCCGUCUUUUUCAUUCGCAAAUGAAUGUCGUCAACCUAACAACAUCGUGAUGAUGAUGAUGAUCCUCCUUUAUGGCUCGUACUCUCAGAGGUCCAGGUGUCGGGUGAAAGGAGGUAACUUGAGAAAAUUGUUAUCUGAAGAGGAGAAACCAAAGUUAUAAGGAAAAACCACAGGAGAUGCUGCAAUCACCACACUAGUGCGAGAGCGAGUAGUAAUGCUUACUAAAUGGAAAUGGUUCUUAUCAAGGAAAGAGCAAAGGCAAUGUUAUUAUGUAUUCUACUUCUUAUUCUCUUUUUCCGUGGUGGUGUAACCGAGCAAAUGAGCACAACAGUGAAAGAUGAAAUAGCUAACGCAGAGCAGCAGAUGGUAGACGCGAACCAGGAACGGCAGAGAGAUGGAGACCAAAAAGAACAGCCUUUUCAGUGAUGUGUACACAAUAAGCCGGCCUGCUCCUUUUGUACUUUACUAUGGUCGCAUCAGCUAUCGCUUGCUGUUGUUUGGUUUGCUUGUUUUGGUCUCAUUCUGCAUGGUUUUGAUUCUCUUGGAUUGCAAUUUUUUUGUAAUCUGUUUGUAUGCACAACUUUUCUUCAGAAGGAGGCAUAAACUUCCAAGCAGCUGGUCCUACCCUGCAAUAUGAGGUGCCCAGACCAUGUUUAUUCAAUAAAUUUAAUCUAGACUUUUAAUUUUUAGAAUAGUUGCUUUCCUAAGGCGAUACACUCAUUUACUAAAUAGGACAUGCACGCCUUUUUUAUGUUUGUGUUACGGUAAUCAAAUUUACUAUGUCUUCUAAAGACAAGAAGACAACGCCGUGCUGACUAGUGGUAUGUCUGUUCAACAUUUGUUGACCUUUCAGCACAGCAUCCCCUCCUAAGUCAAGUUUUGAGAUUACAGUCAAACGGGCCUUUAUAAUGAAAUGCUUGGGACUAGCCAAAUUUUUUGUUAUACAGGUCACUUCAUUAUAGAUUGCACACCGGACAGCUCGCUGAAGCAGUGUAAGCAUAUUCAGCAAAAGUAAAUCUUUAUUUAUAACUAAUUCUAACAAUACUUAGUGAAUUUACUCACAAAUUUUUUCCGGCACACUUAGUUCCAUGAACUGUAUAAUUGCUGCCGAGAAAACUGCAAGGAUGUUUGUGGCAAGGUCAGCAGUGAAAUUCUUGGUUAUUGUUCUCCAGGCUCUUCACGACUGCUGUCUUUGUCAACUUUCGCCUCCAUCCGGUCUUUCAUGGUUGUGAUGAUCUCGGGGCCAAGUAAAUCACCACGUCGGUUAAAAUAUUUUAGUAGAGGGUGGAGGGAGGGGGUCUUCCAUAGUUACUAACAGGGCUUCAAAUCUCCGUUCAGUGGAGGGGAGUCCUUGUAGGCCGACGACCAGUACAGUGUGCACACACACACAAACACACACACACCCUCACUCACACACACACACAACAGGAUCUGGCAGUGAAACAGGUCAAAGAACGGAAGCAUGUAAGAAAAAUACCAGGAUAUUACUGCCGUUUUGGUCUUCACUUCCAUGGAGUCGGUCCUCGUUCGAAACGUCAGUAGCAUCCUUGCCGUUUUGGUCUUCACUUCCAUGGAGUCGGUCCUCGUUCGAAACGUCAGUAGCAUCCUUGUAUUUUUCUGUACAUGCUUCUAUUCUUUGGAUGAACCAUUUUGCUGUGCCAGGUGCUUGUAUUUGCUUCUCAUGAAUAGUACCAAGUUUGUAUUUAAUGACCUCAGAUGUUAAUGUGGCUUUUAUUACUUUGCAGAUGUGAUCAGACAGCUUGCAUUAAUUGUUGGAAGGCUCUGAAAUGCAACUUUUGUUUAGAGCAUAACAUGUGCUGGGAAAUUAUAAACCGAAUAUUUGGAAGCACUUCUUACUUUAUUGCUUGCCUCUCACUAAGAAUAUUUUACAUGCUUGUAGAAGGGUAAUUUUUUUUUACCUUCGAAAUCAGCAGCAUACGUUUUGCUGCUCCUGAAAGUGCAAGAAAGGUCCUGAAGUCUGUUUUGUAUACAUCCUUUAAUCAGAAGUUGAAUUUGUGGCGAUAGAUAUUGCAGAAGACCAGGCUCGUGUUCACAAAACUUCUUGUCCGGAGCAUUCAUUCAUUUAUUGGUGUUUGGGUUCUUGCUAAUAACAAGGAUGAUCAGUGUUUGAAACUACACAACCACUCUUUGCAUGGCAUUCACAGAUAGCACUUUAGAAAAGUUUUAUCAAUAUGAGCGAAUAUCCAGGUAGCAUACAUUUAUUGUUAAGUCAGUACUGAUCAUCAUACAAGUACGUAUUCAUGAGGAAUGUUUGGGUGUGUUCCUGAGAAGAAAGUAUGUUGCAAUGACACCUUUCUUCAAUUUUCACAAAAGGCAGGGAAAAAACUCAUAUCAGCUGUGGGAAGGAAUUGUCUGUGGUUUGUCUAGCGCUUAAAGUUUCUGUUGGUGUUAGGUUUUGGCAUGUGUAAAACGCUGCCAACUGGGCUUUUCAUGCAGAUACAGCCAGUGCUUUUACAGCUUCCAAACCCUGUCCGAGCAGUUUGGCUACUUCAAAGAGUCCAAGUGCAUGGCCACCAAUUCUCCACAGCUGCAUCCACAGCUUUGAUAAAGGUGGCAAGCAAGAUCGCUACCAGGACCACAGCUGAAGCCACAGUCAACUUGCAAUAGCUACCAGGCACGACCAGCCACAAGACUUGCUACCACAGGCGUUCUGCCUGCAGCCUACCAAACAGGAGUGAUAUGUGAUAUCAGUGCGUGUGCAUGGAGCUUAACUUUGUAAUCAAGCCUAGACGACUAAUCCAUCUUCGAUGGUUUUAUAUUGUCGGUUUUAUAUUGUUGAGGUGUUUCUCCUAAGAGACCUCAUAGAUUUGCUUUGUCAUUCUACAGGUUUAUUGGACUAUGGCUCGAGUAUAUGUGUACCUUGUACGUUUUGUCAAUGUGGAAUGGGUGAACCCAGGCUUUCAAUAUGCACAUACUACACAGUGUCCUGCAUAGUAUUAUAUAUGGCCAUUUCACCCAUCGAGCUUUAUUAAGCACACUCUCUUUUUUUUCAUCGUUCAGAAAGUCUAUAGACAAAGUUGUCCAUGACAGGAAAUUUUCCAGCCACCUCUUACUGGCGACUCAAUUUUUUCCAGGACAAGCAGGGAUCUGUGGCAAAAAUUGUGCUAAUUAGACCAAAGGCUAAUUUGGCCAAACAGCAUGUGCAAGAAACACUAAAACAUACCUGUUGUUUCCAUGUGCAAUAGUUGCACCAUGAAGGUCCUUUAUUUAAUUCGCUUGCAUUGCAUUACCUGAAAUAGUGGUUUGUUAGAAUCAUUAUGAUGAAUGAAAAGUCAGAUUGAUUUAUCAAGGCCGAUAUGGCCGGUUAUAGUGAUUGUCUUCAGUGUCGCUUAACAUUACAGUUAUCAUUACACUUUGUGCUGGCACAUUAGCAGCGCAUGGUUUUGCAAGUGUCAUGAAUUUAUGGCAUUAAGAGAAAGCAAUUCAAUGAACCCAAGGAUCCACAGAUACUGCACAAAGAUUGGACCUUUCUGGAUCCAUCAAAAGACUACAUUUUAUCUGGUUUCAAGUAUAAUACUUUCUUGCAUUGUGUAUUGUAUCCCAAAUGUUAACUUUGUUCCUUGAUCUGCAUUUGAUUUCACUUUGCUCAUUAGUGGUCUUCAUUAAUUGUCAUUACCAUGGUACUGAACAAUGUACCUAGUGUCACUCUCCAUUGGAACUUCUUAUAUGUUUAGGAGGUCAAUAUUUAUGUUGGUUUUGUAAACAUGUUUGGUAUCAUUUUCUUGUGUUAAUGUUCCAUGAAUGUAUGGCUCUUAUGCUGCGUUUCUACCAACCAUCAUAUGCUUCAUUCCAGCUUCUAUUGUAUAACAUCGAAGUGCUUAAAAAAGUGGGCCUUUCUAGUUGUUUUUCAUACUAUACAGUGAGUAUACUGUGUUUUAGUGGAUUUUAGUGAGUCUGUAGCAGUAUGUUACUAGUGGCUGUUCAUUGGCAGUCAAACUACAAGCGUCCAUGCGCACUAAUGGUGCUUCAUACUGUAUGUAUCAUCGAGGUAGCAGCCUAGGUGUAAGAUAUGUGUAUCCUAUUGUAAAUUUACAAAGGAUGACAAGUACUUGUCUAUUCAGAAUAAAAGCCAUAAUAAUAAUAAUCUGUGGUCAUGUACCCCGAAAUUCAGACAACAAAUGCAUGUGCACUAUGCAAUGAUUUAGCGAAUUUACCUCACAUGCUCUGGCGAUGUCCCGCGUUACACAGCGAUGAAAACAACACUUCUUCACGUUGGGAUGCGAUCCUACACAGCCCCAACCUCGAAGAACAGUUAUGGGCUGUCCAACGGCCCCGGGCCCACGACGCGGCGGAGAAACUCGGCCUCUCUGUCCCGACGUAGGAGCGGCCCGCUGCGCGCUAGUGCGCGCCCUAAAGGACCCUAAUAAAGUUUUUCAUCCAUCCAUCCAUCCAUGUUCAAGAAAGUCAUGUUAGCAUUUGACUAAGCCACUAUAUCAACUGCAUAAUUUCUUGGUUCUUUAGCUGCUUAUAAAGAAUCUUUUUAAUGCUUGUUCAUGUCAUCCUCCAUGUAUAUUUCGAAACAUACGAUACUAUCUUUCAUUGCGUUAAGCUCAGAAUUCUGUAUUUAAAGCAACGUUUUGGCUAUCACAAUAAAAACACAAGACAAAAGAAAUUGCCCUCAGGCAAGUGCGAUGUCACUGUUUCACAAUUUCACUCUUCAGAAGAAAUGUCGCUAGACCUGUUAAAGACUGGCAAAAGCACUAUAACCCAAUGAGUUUGUUUUAUCAGAGAAAUAGGAAACUAUGCUGCACAGCUUCUUCAAUAUGGCUCAAUACAUGUAGAAUAAUUUGUCUAAAGAAGUGCUAAAAAUUUAAUCUUGACUGAAUAGAAUAUGUGAAUAUGAGAGAGCCAGAAUCCCCUUUUCAUCACUGACUCCUUUUUGGUAACCUGUCCAGGCAGUGACAGUUCAGUUGCAUUUCUAUUUUUAAAAAGUGUUUGGCAACCCAAAUGACCCAAAUGAGUGCAGGCAACACAAAAUAUUGCAUUGUGAUAAGAUUUUUAACUGCACAUUUGCAAUAUUUUAUUGUGUAAGGCCCGAACCCCCAAUUUGGAGUGUAAAAACUUGGAAAUAAUUGUUUUACUAAGUGUCGCAGAAGAGCACGUCCAUGAGCUCAAGCGGUGGCUGCGGGUGUGUCACAGAGUUUGGUUCUGUGGUGGCAAUCGGGCAACAUUUACCACGAAAGCCAACCAAGUUCUUGUGGGAGCUUUCCAUACAGAACGGUGGAAGCUCACAUGUGGGCAUGAAUAAAGCUCCCAACUUACUUUGCAAAGCACAGCCUAGAAUGACAUCGUUGCGGUGUCAAGGUGUAUGUUUGGCAUCUGCACUUCACGACGAGUCGUGAUGCAAAUCAGACUUAGCGAUGAAUAAAAAGUAUAUGCAUGAAAUACACCUGCAGCCCCGACUAUCACAAAAUUUCAAUUAAAAUUUACUUUAAUGUAGUGCAACAAACACUGAGCAAACAUUUGUAAAGAAAUAUUCUGUAGCUUAGGCAAUGUAGAAAACUGAAUCAAUUUUUCCAUUGCGUUUAGUUUUUUCUGUCUUGCUGAUUAUUUUGAAAUUUUUGUGGUAUGGUCAGUUUUGAAGAACCUGUCAGUGACAGUAAAUAUGUUCAUAAUCGGCCACCUGGUUGCUAUAUUUUGCAUAGCAGUGACUGCAGCAUGAGGCUUCAGUGAGUAGCAAUAAACCGGCUUCAAGUAAGGCCGGCACCCAGUAACACUUGCAAAAAAAGUUUGUUCAGCGACUCGUCUGGCAGUUGUCUAAGUGCUUAUUCUUAAGCAUUUGGCUACUUACUGAUCUCUAUGCAGCUGGCGUCAUUAUCAAUGUUAUGAAACUUGAUUUGAUGAGCAUAAACCCUUAUCAACCCUCUUCGGUCGUUGUCAACCUUAUCAAGCAUGAUCAGACACUUAUCAACUUUAUUCUGUCCUUGUCACCCUGGAUGUCUAGCGAAGUGUAUUAUUAUAUACAGUGUUACCAAACCUAUUUCAUUGGAUGUUAGAACCUCUGCGGCAUUUCUGGGUCUGACAAGAAUUUUGAAAUUCUCGGAUAAUUAUGACUUGGGGGAGGUGUCUUGUUAUUUUAUGGCUUUAUCCACUACACUUUUAAUGAUGUUGAAUAUAUUGAAGAUGGAAAACAUGAAAUGCAUACUCGGCCGUCGAGUAAGCUCCAUUAUUAUAGUACAUCACAUUCUUGCAUUAUGUGUUAACUAUGUCCGAAAUGACAGAUCACAUGUGAGAGGUAUAUAAGGAUAUGUUCUUUUCCCUAUGUCUUUCCAUCUCAGCGUAUACAACGUAACAUGUGUAUAUAAAUAUCGCUUAAGUUAAAUGGCAGCUUAAGUGGAACACCUUCUAAGAUGGGUGGUUCUAUGUUUGGUUAAUAAAAAAAAACUUUUUCUUUUUAUCAAAACGAAAACUUUCGUAACCCUCUGUAAACAAAACCACAGAAACAAGGUCUAAAUGAUUUUUUCAAAAGGACGCAGGAUUUGAAGUACAUUGCUGAAAUGGCUGUUUAUUAUCCAGAAAGCCAUCAUUAAAGACCGGUGUGAAGGGAUCAUAUAGACAAAAUUCAUAUAGAUUUUUAACACACUGUGCAGAGUUGGCUCGACAGCAUCACAGCAAGGCCACUCACCCCAUAGGCAGCCAAAAUAAGAGCAACCCGAUUUCAGAUGCCCAACAGUGUGCCGUUCGAUACCUUGAACUUCCACCGUACGACUGCAUGUUAUUCGGUAACCUGCUGGAGCAGUGAGCUAUGUUUUGAUGUGUCUAUGGUACCUCCUCAAAAAAGGAACUAGCAUAGCCUUGUCAAUCCAAUAGCUGUCUACCUCGCCCAAACCAGCGCAUUAACUUACCGCUAUUCACAUAUUUAUGCUUGACGUAUCUAAAAUGGUUAAGAGUGCACAUGACAUAUAUUACUGCACGUCUGCACGUGUUUCUCAGUAAGCGGUACACUUGUUAAUCAGAACAUCGUUCUCUGGUUUCUUGAGGUCUGUUUAUUGAGGUCUAUUGUAUACAACCUCCACUCUCCUUUCAUUAAAGCAGUUCUUAACAUUUGUUUGUGGAUACUUUUAUGCCUGAAUGUGAAAGCACACGAGAGGUCUUGCAUGUAGAUGACCAAUUUCAAGAGUAGGACUAUGAUUGCAAGGUGUUUCGUCUACACUCAAGCUGGUUAUCGUAGUGCAGCCUCUUCUCUUCUGAAGUAAACUUUGCAAUAAGCAAAACGGGGCCACUAAGAAGGCAUUUAGGGUUUAUUUAAUUGCAAGCUUACUAAAGUUGUCAUUCUAAGUUUAAGGGAUGUCAGACUGAAAACUCUCGCAUCGAUUGAUGAAUAUGUUUUAGGUUGACAUGAAUAUAUGAACCACUAUGGAAACAACAUGCAGAACAAUGAUAAUUCGACGUAGUUGUGAUAGUACCAAAUUGUAUUUUUAAAAUACUGUGUGAUGCAUCAUCAAUAAUAAUGCCUUAAGGCACAUCUAGGGCAUUCUGGCCAACUUAGAUCUGUUCCAGGUGCACUACAUUUUUCUAGAAUAUGGUCGAGUGGUGACAACAGAUGUGGCACAUUUAAGCCAAGUGCAAAGCAAUAAAACAUACUGUAGCAGUGUUGCAAUCUGUGUGAAAUGGAGAGCUUCGCCAGAAAUUUUCUUCUGUGUAAACUUAUAUAGCGUCGAAUCUUGAUAAUUCGAACUCGAAGGGGUCCGAAAAUUUGUUUGAAAUAAAAGAAGUUCGAACAAAAAGAAGGGCUUGUUUUUGAGAUAUUCAUGCAUCAUAGCCCGAUGCGCGAAUGGGGCAAAUCGUGAAAUAUCGCAGUGAGCAAGCACACAGUGAGCGAGGACCACGAAACUGCCCAUGCUGGCCAACGCGAGCUUCCCGAUAACUGUAGAAGACGAAACUUCAAGGAGCAGGCUAAGGUGGCACCGGGUCAGCAGGGCUGGUGCAGGAUUCUUUUUUUCACCCUAGUGGCAGCAACGCCAGUAGAGGUUUGAAUGUACUGUGCGUCUCAUUGUCUCAUGCUUUGACCAUGAAAAGUACUUCUCACGUGGCCCUGUAAUGCUUGCAGAGCAUCUUUCAACAUGCACAGUGUGGGAGCUCAUGCCAGCUUGUACAUGAAACUUGUGCAUAGGCAGUAGCUGGUGCUUUAGUCUCAUGGAUUUGAGUAUUGCAAAUUGGCUUUCUCGUAGUGAAAGUUCCUGGCAGAUUUUUUGACAUGCAAAAAAUAUAUAUAAAUCAUAAUAGAAAUAAAAUUGAAUAACAGUGACAUGGGCGAGGGUUUCUGUCUAGGCUUCAAGCUCAGCCACAGCAGUUUAUUCUUGUUUUGAGUACCAGCAUGUCUCCUUACGAGUUGAAUAUCGCUGUUGUCUUCACAAACUUUUGAUUGGCUGAAGUGGCAUUGCCAGAGGCAUUGGGACACUUGGUGUUUGGACAGUGGGUCAUGAUAAUCAAGACUAUGAGUGGAUAAAAAUUAAACAGCAGUAGGCUUCCAUUACAAAAAUAUAUCGCCGUUUUAUGAAGUACGCUUGACAUGAAUCCGUGAAUUAUUGUUUGUAAUAGAUAUACGAGAUUCUCAUAUUAAGUGUAGGAUUGUGCUCCCAGGCUAAAUAUGUUGUCAGUACAAUGAAAAAAGUUUGUCUGUGUUGCUAACAUUUGUGCUGGCUUUGAUUACCCCUGUACUGUUACAGACGUGUCCAUGGCUCCUACAUAACACACAAGAAGUUGUGUUGUUGGGACUUUGCCAGGAAACAAGCUCACCAGCGUCUUCUAUGAAAACAUUGUUUGUUUUCUGAUUUACUCUAUGUAGCAGUUUGAUAGAGAAUUUAUUUACAUUGUGACAUAGAUAUGAAUGCUUGCAUACUACCAUCAACACUGUUCACUUCUCCGUGCAAAGUGUAAUUCAUGGCCAAUUCGUUUGCUAACCCAUCAGUCUACAAAAAUCAUAACAAAACAACGUUUUGGUGUACCGACUGAUAUGUAAUUAUCAGUGUUGUUCUCCUCAACAUGUAAACGUGUUGCCAUUUAGCUUUCAUAAAUGCUGUGCUCAUGAUAUUUUGGGUUUCAGAUGUUUUUUUUAUUUUAUAACAGCAUCCUUCAUACAUAUUCAUGUUCAAUUUCAUGUGCUUCCGGUGCACAUAUGUCAGUUGAUGCUUACAAACUACCAUCAACACUGUUCUCUUCUCUGUGCAAAUUGUAAUUAAUGACCAAUUCGUUUGCUAACCUAUCAUUCUACUGAAAUCGUAAAAGAACAACAAUGUUUUGGUGUACCGACUGAUAUGUAAUUAUCAGUGUUGUUCUCAACAUGCAAAUGUGGUGCCAUUUAGCCUUCACAAAUGCUGUGUUCAUGAUAUUUUGUUUCACAUGUUUUUUUGUUUUUUUUAUAACAGCAUCCUUCAUUCAUAUUCAUGUUCAAUUUCAUGUGCUUCCGGUGUACAUAUGUCAGUUGAUGGUUUUUUUUUGUGUUACAUUGUAUAAAUUUUAUGCAAAAUAAACAUGUAAUCCUUAGUUAAUCGGUGAGUGCAUAACUUAGUGUUGAAUAAUGGUGUUUUUACACAAGGGCCAGGGAAGGUCAGAGGGUGUGCAUAAUGCCGUGUUGCAUAUAAAAACUAAUUUGACUAUGCAUAAUAUCUUAAAUUGCAUGCCAAAUCUCACCUCUAUGUGUUGCCAGCAGUAGUUAGUACGUAUUCAGGAUAGUAAUAUAUUUAUAGAGAGAUAGGAACUUGUGUGAGACAUUUACAGCAUCAGUUCACUCGUGCCAUGGCAGUAGCAGGUGGGCUAGCUAGUCCAAGGUUAUCGUGCAUUUUGCUUACAAGUGGAGCGAUUCUUCUUGAUUGCCUGGCAUAGCACAUUAGUUCUAUCAAAUAUGUGACACAUUUUGUUCCCAUUGCUUUCCUGUGCUCACUGCGACUUUGUGGGUCUCUUGCCAUCAGGGUCCCCAGAGCAGUACCAGUCGCUCGUGUCAGUGCAUGGUGGGCUGCGUUCCUGCCAGCUGUGCCCUUACAAGACCAAGCAUAAAGCGAGCAUGACGAAUCACCUGCGCACACACUCAGGCGAGCGCCCUUUCAAGUGCCACCUCUGCCCAGCCACAUUCACUCAAGAUUGCCACCUGAAACGGCAUCUGUGCCACCACACAGGAGAGCGCCCCUUCAAGUGCCCCCUGUGCCCGGAGGCAUACACUCAGUGUAGCAACCUGACACGGCAUAUGUGCACCCAUACUGGAGAGCGCCCCUACCUGUGCCCCCUGUGUCCACAAGCAUUCACUCAGAGUCUCGGCCUGAGAAAGCAUAUGCACUGCCACACGGCAACGCUUCCCUUUUCCUGUGUUCACUGCAGUGCAUCCUUUUCACAGCAAAGCAAGCUCUCCAGCCACAUGUCCUGUCAUGCAGGGAACAAGCUCUUUGCAUUGCUUUCCUGUGCUCACUGCGACUUUUUGGGUCUCUUGCCAUCAGGGUCCCUGGAGCAGUACCGAUCGCUCGUGUCAGUGCUUGGUGGGCUACGUUCCUGCCAGCUGUGCCCUUACGAGACCAAGCAUAAGGCGAGCAUGAAGAAUCACCUGCGCACACACACAGGCGAGCGCCCCUUCAAGUGCCCCCUGUGCCCGGAGGCAUACACUCAGUGUAGCAACCUGACACGGCAUAUGCUUUGCCACAGGGGAGAGCAUCCCUUUUCGUGUGUUCACUGCAGUGCAUCCUUUUCACGGAAAAGCAGCCUCUCCAGCCACAUGUCCUGUCAUGCAGGGAAGAAGCCCUAAAGGUGCAGCUAGUGCUUUUACAGGUUCCAAACCCUGUCCGAGCAAUUUGGCUACUUCAAAGAGUCCGAGUACAUGCCCAC